AUUCUUUCGGCCGCGCGGGCGCAUUCCACUGCGCGCCAUCCGAACUCGGCUCGCCCGCGCCAGUCGACGCGCGCCCUUUUGGGGGUUAAGAUGUGUCCGUCGCGUCGGGCGCUCACGAUGUGGUCCCAGCCGCCGCCGCCCGAGCCCGAGCCCGCCUACCGCGCCCGCGCAGCCUCCGUCGACACCCAUGACUGCCGGUGCCUAGGAGCCCGCAAGAUCGCCCGGAUGGUCCGUGAGCCUCCCGAGUACGGCGUGCGCGUCGAUCCCACUACCGUGCGUCCCCCCGGACUCCGCGUGCGCGAUGAACCCCAGUACCAGAACUUGGAGGAGCUGCGGAAGCGGCCGGAGCACGCCAAGCUGGAGGAGAUCAGCCGCGAGUUCGGCUACCGCCUGUGCCCGGAGGGUCAGAAUCUCGAGGACGAGGCCAUCUACGAGAACAUUCUGUCGGUGCGCCGGAUCCGGUCGGCGGAGGUGCGGCUGGUGCCGGUGUCGGAGGUGCCGUACUACGAGGAGCAGGGCUACGUGGCCACGCAGGUGCUGAGCAGGAACGGCACUUUCCCGCAGUGCCCGCCGCACACCUGGAGCCGCUUGCAGCAGGCCGCCAGGAUGACCGGAUCCCUGAGGAUGUUCACAGCGAAGCGCGAGAUGUACGACGUGAAGAAACAGAGGCUGUGCAUAGCGCAGGAUGAGUACAAACACCUCAACAACGCCCUGUCCACCCUUGCCGCGUCCAGGACUAGCUUGUGUUCGUCAACGACAUCGGUGACGACGACGUCGACGACGUCGCGACACGACCCCGAGCAGCUGCGGGUGGAGGUGACGCAGGCGCGGGGCCGGGUGGCGCAGCUGAGGAAGGAGCUGCGCCAGGCGAGAGCCGAGGUAGCCUGCGCCAGGCGCGGGGUGGAUACGCUCGCCGAAGUCGAACAAAAACUGAGCGCGCAGCAGGGAUGCUACAACAUCACCGAGGCGCAGGCGAUAAUGACGGAGCUGAAGAACAUCCAGAAGUCCCUGACGUCGGGGGAGAAGGAGAGAGCGGAUCUCAUGCAGUCGCUGGCCAAGCUGAAGGACGACUUCACGCGGCUCCAGCUGGGCGAGGCGUCCCCGGACCUCUCCACGCUCAGCCUGCCUCAGGAGAACGUCAGCACCGCCUCCCAGACCGACCUGUGUGCGGACUUGGUCCCUAUCGGCACGCGCCUGGCGGAGAUGGCGAGGGUCCGUCUGCAGUACGACGAGGCCAGGAAGAGGAUCCAGCAGAUCCAGCAGCAGCUCGCCGACCUCGAGGACAAGGUGGAGCCGGGCCAGGCGGAGUCCGACAAGGAUCGCCUGCUCCUCUUCCAGGAGAAGAAGCAGCUACUGCUCGAACUCAGAAGUAUUACCCCCCGGACGAGGUCGAAGCAGGAAAUGAGCGAGAUCCAGACGGAGUGUAAGAAGUUGGAGCAGGACCUCAAGUCUGCCGUCGAGAUGUCCAACAAGUGCAUAGCGGACCGUUUGAGACUGCAUGAGGAAAAGCAGCUGUUACUUCAGCAGCUAAAGGACGCCCUGACGUCUAUGUCGACGCUAGAAGGCCAACUCAAGACGCUAUCGGCGUCCACCCUAUCAGUGUCGAGUAGUUCGAGCUUGGGAUCGCUUUCCACGGCGAGUAGCAAAGGAUCCUUAAGUUCGGGAAUUAGUUUUACUGACAUUUACGGCGGACCGCAGAUCGCGACCUCCUUCCAAACUGACAAACCUAUUGACAUGGUGGAUCUACACAGACGAGUUGAGAGGUUACUCCGUGGUGCCAGUUUCAACGACAGUGCGACGCCGGGCACCAGCAGUUCGCAACCCUCGUUGUCUCCUAGAAGUAGUCUGUCGUCAGCCAGCCCGCCCCCUCCACCGCCUUCUUAUAAUCAGGUUGAAAGACAAAGACGACAGCAGAGAGAACUAGAAGAGAAAUUAGCCGAGAUGAAAAUAGGUGUAGCUACAGGAUUGAACGAAAUCACUGGACUUUCUACCGUGCCAGUUCAACUGCAAGGCCCGGGACGGCCGGGCGAGCCGUUGUCCCCGAUAUCAGAAACCCCGCCGCCGACGCUCUCGCCUAGAACUCCCUCGUCUAGUGGAACAAACACUAGAUCGGUGUCGGCAGCCGUGAGCGACGAGUCGGUGGCGGGAGACUCGGGCGUGUUCGAGGCGGCGCAGGGCGGUGAUGCCUCAGUGAACAGUGCGCAAAUUGAGAUCAAAUUGCGGUACUGUGCGGAGGAGGGCGCGCUCGAGAUCGGCAUAUUGCGCGCGCGCAACCUGCACGCGCUCUACAUCGAUCUCGGCACUGAAAUCAUGGUCCGCGGCGCGCUAGUAGCGGGCGGCGGGUGCGGCGUGGUGUGGAGCGGCGCGGGCGCGGCGUGGCGCGGCGGUGCGGUGUGGUGGCGGCGCACGCACCGCGCGCCGCUCCCCGCGCGGGCGGUCCGCGCCGCCACGCUGCAGGUCAACCUGCUGGCCAACAACGACUGUCUGGGGUGCACGCAAGUGAGUUUGGCGGACUUCGAGCCGGACAGCGUGUCCCAGAAGUGGUACAAUGUGCUGAGCUUCCGCAGCGUACGGCGGGACGAGAGCUCCGACGAGUCCACCGUUAUCAGUUCACAGACUUCUACCCUUACGAGGAAUAGAGGUCCAGAGAUAAUGAAUAAUGCUGAGUGUAACGUGGAAGGUGGAGACAACUCCGCGUCGGAGGAUGAGGAGGCGAGGGAGCCACUCAACCAGAUCGUAGAAGAAGAUUCGUUUGAAGAUUACAUUCCUGAAGAAGAGUUGGCGUUGGAAGAAGAGUUCCUACACCCGUCCACCGCCGAGAAGGAGACCAAUACCGAGUGCAACUUCUGCCCCGAAGGAGCGAGACAGCUGCAUAGGAGAAGAAGUCAACAAGUUAGCUCAAACAACGAGGAGUCCCUAGCGACUAUAAAGCGAUCUCAAACGUUCUCACCGCAGCCGCAGAGCAUCGGUAGAGGGCAAUACUUAUGCAGGCUAAACCGUUCCGAGUCUGACUCGUCAAUGGCGCAGUACAUGCGGCCAGUCGGCAUACCCUUCGACCGCAGCGUGCGCGAGCGACGAUCCCUGCGGUGGGGCCGCAUGCGUGGCGCAGUGCGUCGCGGUGGCGGCACGGCUCGCUCGCCGCGCACGUCGCUCGACCUGGCACUGGACCUGCGCGCGCAGCACACCAGACUCGCCGACCUCCGACACGAGAUAGCGCACCUCACGCAGCUUAAGAGACGGCUGGAGGAGGCGUGGGCUCGCGGCGACCGCGCGGUGGCGGCUUGGGCGGCGGGCGACGAUACGUUGCGCGCGCUCGUGACGGCGCCCGGCGAGCGCGGCGAGCGGGCACAGCGGCUGUUCGCGCGCACCUGCCGCGACGUCUACCGCCUGAGGAAGUCGCGCCAGGGCAGCCGCAAACCUGACCUGGUCACGUUCAAAGAAAAGAUGGCGUUCUUCACUCGUCCGAAAGCGAUAGCGGCGUUACAGGACGAGCUAUCGGACGAUGACUGGGAGGAGCUCGAAGAGAGGCGGACCCCCGACGGCCGCUCCUCCAAGACCUCGUACGAGAAGACCAGCGCUGAGAAGGUGGUGGAGUGCAAGAACCCCUGCAUGGAGUUCCAGCCUGAGCUGAAGAUCACGGAAGAGAAGGAGGAUGAGUACGAGUUUGUCGUCGACAGGGUAUUGGGCGUACAAGUUUGAACGAAAGUGAAGCCAUCUUUGAACAGACCAAUCAGUAGCCGUCGUUUGAAUAGAGCAAUUGAGAGCCAUCUUUUGAACGGACCAAUCGGAAGCCGUCGUUUGAACGGACCGAUCGCGAGCGACGUAGCCAUCUCUUCAUCGCCAACGUAGCUGCCACUGCCUGAUUGCGAAUCAGAUAGUGUCGUAGCUAAUUUCUGCCACGUUGGACCUGGCAUGCUUUACUGAUAUAACGAAAUUAACUUCAGUUCAGUAUUACAGCUUCAGUGCCGAUUGCCCGACCAGAAAGCUCAUCGUGAGAAGUGACAUGUAUGUGAAAUGUAUGGUUCAAACUAUUCGGCGAUUAUGAAUAAAUAUAGUAUGCCUAUGUUAAGAGAAUCUUUAAAUCAUUAUUUAAUUAUGUAUGCUAUUUAUAAAACGUAUAAGUUAUUCGUUCAUGGUCGCCUUUAAUUUAAUUGAUUAGUGAUGUCAGACGCUGGUUUGUCGAUAUCGAUAAUUUUAACAAAAUCUCGUUCUGCCAUUUGUGUUCCGUUCGUCGAACGAACGUUCCGGCCCUGCCCGAUGGGAGCUCGUAUUAGGAAAGUAUUAGAGAACAUUCUAUGAGAUUAAAUUUAAAAUUAGGAGUUCGGAACCUAAAUUGUACUGUGAUUGCUAUUGCCUUUGAGAUUUUCGGACUUAAGACUGAAGUAGAAAUCCUAAAUGUAAUCGGUGUAUGUCGAAAUGUACACGCGUGCAAAUGGGGUGCCAUAUGAGGUUCAGUGAUUAUUAAAUAUUUGUAAGCGGGUGAAUUUUAUGCCUUAAAAUUAUGAUUAGAAAAAUCGAAUCGAUAUCGUUAGUGUUGUAUCAACAGAUCCAUUAUUGUAUUUAAAGUUAUAUUAUCGAUACGUGUACAUCUCUAAGGAUAUGUGUAGGUGCCCGUCUAUGUAUGCAUGGGUUAUAUACAGUAUGUACAAAUCGUGCCUUGCGGCGCGCGCCAUUACUUGUAGUGUCAGUCACAAAUAAAUGCCAAACAUUAGUGAGUCGUGGGGCAGGUCAUCUGUAUAUAUAUACGUAAUCACCCACCGGGAUAGUUGUAUAUAGAGAGUGUAUAAUAUACGAUUCCACCGAGUAUAUAGGACUUGACAAGCCAAAAAGCUUUGUAAAUACGGCUUUGAGUCUAAAGGGUGAAUUCUAUAAGUCAUUCGCUUCAUUAUCAUUACGCGUCCAUGGUUUAAUUCGGUUGAUAAAUUGAGACAAAAAUUUUUCAUUAUGGAAAUGUUAAAAUGAAUAGUUGACUGGAUAUUAAAUAUUGAGAUUACGAGAAUUUGUUGUCCUAUUUAUUGACUGGAUUACCUGCGUAUACAGCUACUGGUGUAUGUUCCAUAUUGGAAAUAUUUCUUUUUGGGUCAGGAUGUACCAAACCGAGUCGCGGCGACGCAUAAAGCAAUAAUAAUUGAAAUUGCCAUUCGAAUUCUCGUUUCAGUAUGACAGAUCCCUAGAAAUGUUAUACACCGGUAACAAUUUCCAUACAAGUUUGGAACCGACUUAAGUCAAGCAAUAUUUUAACCUUAAGUUGGCUCUAAAGUUUGUAUGAAGUGUUCUCAAAUUCAUAACACAUUGUAUUGCACUAUGAUCUGAUAUAUGAGUGAUCAUCUCAUACAGAUAAGCUAGUUGUAAUGUAUAGAUAAAUUAUUACUGUACAUAGUUCGAGAUUAUUUCGUUCUGAUUUUUCUAGACGUAGCUGUAGAGUUAGUUGUGUAAAUUAAAUGUAUAUUUUAUAUAAACAUAUAUUAUAGUGUAGAGGUGAAUUUGAAUUUGCCAAAUUAAUUUAAUGUUUUUUGAGAAAUUCUUCCAUUUAUUGAUAUUAUAUUUUGUACAGAUACCAAUUUCAAAUAGUUGAAGUUAAUGAAAGAAAAUAAAAAUAAUAAAUU